GCGGCUCCAGCGGCCCCCGGGAGCCCCGGGGAGGAGCGCCCACUGGUUCCCCAGCCCCAGCUCCUCGCCGGCGACGGGGCGCGGCCGCCCGGCGCGCAGGGCUUGAAGAACCACGGCAACACCUGUUUCAUGAACGCCGUGGUGCAGUGUCUCAGCAACACCGAUCUGCUGGCCGAGUUCCUGGCGCUGGGGCGCUACCGGGCGGUGCCCGGCCGCACAGAGGUCACCGAGCAGCUGGCGGCGCUGGUGCGCGCGCUCUGGACACGCGAAUACACGCCCCAACUUUCCGCCGAGUUCAAGAAUGCCGUUUCCAAGUAUGGUUCUCAGUUCCAAGGCAAUUCCCAGCACGAUGCCCUGGAGUUCCUGCUCUGGCUGCUAGAUCGUGUGCACGAAGACUUGGAGGGUUCAUCCAGAGGGCCAGUGUCUGAGAAGCCUUCUCCUGACAUCAGUAAAACCUCCGAGAACCUCCUGCCACCGUCCAUGCAGCUUCCUCUGGGUCAAAGCUUUGUGCAAAGCCACUUUCAAGCACAAUAUAGGUCUUCCUUGACGUGUCCCCACUGCCUGAAACAGAGCAACACCUUCGAUCCCUUCCUGUGUGUGUCCCUACCCAUCCCCCUGCGACAGACGAGAUUCUUGAGUGUUACGUUGGUCUUCCCCUCCAAGAGCCAGCGGUUCCUACGGGUUGGACUGGCUGUGCCCAUCCUCAGCACAGUGGCAGCGCUGAGGAAGAUGGUGGCAGAGGAAGGAGGCAUCCCUGUAGAUGAGGUAAUCCUGGUUGAAUUGUAUCCCAGUGGAUUCCAACGGUCUUUCUUUGAUGAAGAAGACCUGAAUACCAUUGCAGAGGGAGAUAAUGUGUAUGCUUUCCAAGCCCCUCCGUCAUCCGGCCAGGGUACAUGCUCAGCUCAUCCAUCGGGCCUGUCAGUCUCCCCACGCCUGGCUGCCCGUGAGGGGCCACGAGUUCCCCUGCCUCUCCACAGUGAGAACAAGGUGCUGAUCCUCUUCUGUAACUUGGUGGGGUCGGGGCCACAGGCUAGCAGGUUUGGGCCACCUUUCCUGAUGAGGGAAGACCGAGCCAUCUCCUGGGCCCAGCUGCAGCAGUGCAUUCUAAGUAAGGUCCGCUGUCUGAUGAAGAGCGAGGCCCCCGUGCAGAACUUGGGGUCUCUGUUCUCCAUCCGAGUUGUGGGGCUCUCCCUGGCCUGCAGCUACUUAUCCCCACAGGACAGUCGGCCCCUCUGUCACUGGGCAGUUGACAGGGCUUUGCACCUCAGGAGGCUGGGAGGCCCCCCACAUGUCAAGCUGGCCGUGGAGUGGGACAGCUCUAUCAAGGAGCGCCUGUGCGGGAGCCUGCAGGAGGAGCGGGUGCAGGACGCGGACAGCGUGCAGCAGCAGCAGCAGGCCCACCAGCAGCACAGCUGUACCCUGGAUGAGUGCUUCCAGUUCUACACCAAGGAGGAGCAGCUGGCCCAGGACGAUGCCUGGAAGUGCCCCCACUGCAAAGUCCUCCAGCAGGGCAUGGUGAAGCUGAGCCUGUGGACCCUGCCUGACAUCCUCAUCAUCCACCUGAAAAGGUUCUGCCAAGUUGGGGAGAGAAGGAACAAGCUCUCCACGCUGGUGAGGUUUCCGCUCUCUGGGCUCAACAUGGCCCCCCACGUGGCCCAGAGAAACACCAACUCCAGGCUGGGGCCCGGCCCCUGGCCUUCCUGGAAGCAGCCGGCCUGCCUGCCCACCGCCUACCCGCUGGACUUCCUGUACGACUUGUACGCCGUCUGCAACCACCACGGCAGUCUGCAAGGUGGGCAUUACACAGCCUUCUGCCGGAACUCUCUGGAUGGCCAGUGGUACAGUUAUGACGACAGCACGGUGGAGUCGCUUCGAGAGGAUGAGGUCAAUACCAGAGGGGCUUACAUCCUGUUCUAUCAGAAGCGGAACUGCAUUCCGCCCUGGUCGGCGAGCAGCUCCAUGCGAGGCUCCACCAGUUCCUCCUUGUCCGAUCACUGGCUCAUGAGGCUCGGGAGCACGAGGGGCAGCACGAGGGGCAGUCUAUUGUCCUGGAGCUCUGCCCCCUGCCCCUCCCUGCCCCAGGGGCCUGACCCUCCCAUCCUCACGAACAGCCUCUGUCAUCCAGAAAACGGAGGGUUGGAGUCCAGGCCUUUGGUCCGCGGCAAUGGAAACAGGAGCGUCAGCAUGAAGGCCCCCGCCCCUUCCCGCAUCAAGCAGGGGCCCUUCAAGACCAUGCCCCUGCGGUGGUCCUUUGGACCCCGCGAGAAAGCCCCGGGGCCGUCGGUGGAGUUGGUGGAGUACUUGGAGUCCAGGGGCCCCCGCCCCCCCAGCCAGUCCAUCGUGCCGCUGCUGACGGGCGCUGCUGGUGGGGAUGAGAAGUCGGCAUUGCCCAGGCCAAAUGUAGCCGCUUCCACCGAAGGGAAAGACAGUGCGCGAGCCAACGAGAGGGGUCCAGCGAGGGUGUCCUCGGGCCACCCCAACCACUGUCCGCCCCCCGGAAGCUCAGAAGGUCCAAACGCAGCAAGGAAAAAGGAAAUCGCAGGGCAGGAGAUCAGGCUCCCCAAAAAAUUCGACCUGCCGCUCACCGUGACGCCCUGUUUGGAGAACGAGAGGCCCCGCCCCGAGGGCCAGAGGACCGUAAACUGGGGGGGCAGCAGCCAGGUGGGGAGCAGGAGCAGCCCGCCCUCCCCGAACGCAGCCUGGCUGAGAAACAAGAAGGACAGCCGGCCAGACACCUCGGCCACCGUCCAGGGGACGCUCACCCUUCUGAGGUCUGUGUUCUGGAGGAAGGAGAACAGGAGGCACAGCAGGGCGGAGGGCUCCACCCAGGCAGCCCCAGCCUCCCCCGCCAGGGGAAGACUGAGCCCCGGCAUGGGAGAGCAGCCCCGAGGCUCGUCCCCUUCCCUCGGGGCUCCGGAGAGCCCAGCCAGGGUCCUGGGAACCCGCCCGGAGAGAGAUGUCCGCUCAGCGCCCAGCUCUCUGCGUCUCCCUCGCAAAGCUGCCAGGCCCCCGCGAGCGAGUGCCCUCGGCUCUGCACCCAGGGGCGCCCCGGGCGAGCAGACUCCUUACGCCACCUUGCAAAGGGUGAAGUACCACACACUGUCCUUAGGGCGGAAGAAGACCUUACCCGAGUCCAGCUUUUGACAUUCUUGGGGCUCUGCCUGAAGCAGCCGUAGGCACCUGUGUGCGGUGGGUUUUCGGGAAGCCAGUUGUCUUGUAAUCCCUGAAGGGGAAAAAAAAAAUGUACAUUUUUUUUUUUUGAGGGAGAUU